AUGUCCACGGAUCUCCUCCGCUAUGACGGAAACAAAUCGAAUAUCAUGACGACGACUGCGGCGCCAACAAAUCGCGCAAGCAACAUAAUACCAGACCAUGACACGGCCAUGUCAGCGAAGAAGGAAGGCGGCGCGGCCACGGCCUCUGGAAAGAAGAAGACGGAUAAGAACAGCAUGGAAUAUCUGAUCAAGAGCGGAGUGGCAGGAGGGUUCGCCGGAUGCGCUGCAAAGACGGUAGUAGGCCCCCUCGACCGCGUAAAAAUCCUCUUCCAAACCCGCAACCCCCAGUUCGCGAAAUACGCCGGCUCUUGGAGUGGUUUCCCUACGGCAAUCCGCGACAUCUACGUCAGCACCGGAGUACGUGGUCUCUUCAAGGGUCACUCGGCAACACUCCUCCGCAUUUUCCCCUAUGCCGGCAUCAAAUUUCUCGCCUACGAGCAAAUACGCGGUCGCAUAAUAAAAAACAAAGCGCAAGAAACGCCGGGCCGACGGUUCAUCUCGGGCAGUUUAGCAGGCAUGAUGAGCGUCUUCCUGACAUACCCCCUCGAGGUAAUCCGCGUGCGCCUCGCCUUUGAGACAAAAGAAGAAGCCCGCAGUAGUCUCGUAACUAUAGUACGAAAAAUAUACAGCGAGCAAGCACCACGAAUAUCGCAACCAAAGAAUCCCAUCACAGCAACCGCAACCCACGUCGUCGAAACCGUUACCCCGCGCUCCGGCCUUUCGAACUUCUUCCGCGGCUUCACACCCACGCUUCUCGGCAUGAUACCCUAUGCGGGCGCCUCGUUUCUCGCCCACGACUCCAUGUCCGAUCUCAUGCGCAUCCCCAUUCUCGCUCCUUACACAACACUGCCCAAUACCUCUCGCGAAGAAUCCAGCACCUCAAGCCACAAGCCCGCGCAAUUGCGCUAUUGGGCUGAACUGACUAGCGGUGGUAUCGCAGGCUUCUUUUCACAAACAGUGUCUUACCCACUGGAAGUUAUAAGACGGAGAAUGCAGGUUGGUGGUGUCGUUGGUGAUGGCCAUCGGCUUAGUAUACCGGAGGUUACGAGGAGAAUCUACAUGGAGAGAGGAUACAAAGGCUUUUUCGUGGGGCUGACGAUUGGCUAUGUCAAGGUUGUUCCGAUGGCUGCUGUCAGCUUUUAUGCGUAUGAGAGGGGGAAGUACUAUCUGGGCAUAUGA